CGCCUCAGUUCAAAAUUCAAAAAAUGGCCACGCAGAGAAGGUCGAGCAGAAACCAGCGGAGGGAGAAGUGCAUGAACAAGACCUUCGCGGCGUCCAGCAUCGACUCCACCGCCGUGGAGGAGAAGCUGUUCGGCCGGCCGGAGCCGGGGCCGGAGCCGGGCAGCGACAGCUGCGACGGGCCGGUGGUUUUCACCUGCGGAACCUGCAGGUUACCUGUCGGGGACUCGAGCAGCUGGGACGGAACCGAGGAGGAGCAGAACCAGAUCCGCCUCAAGUGCGUCACUGACAACGUCCUGAUUGGAACAGACAACCGCCUGAUGGAUCGGGAAGGGAAGAGAUCUCUGUGCCUGAUCGUGGACCUGGCCUGCCGCGGCUGCCGCUCACCUCUGGGGAUGAUGUACACGUCCACGCCCAAGCACCUGGACCACAAGAGGUUCAGCUUCUGCCUCGGCGUGGCCCAUAUAGACAGCUACGUCCUGGGCUCGGCCCGCCAGCUCCGGCCACCAGAGGGCGCCACAGAGCAGCCGGUGACGCUGGAGUACCGGGGCGUCGUGGAGCAGCAGGUCCUGGAGAUGAAGAUGCUGGUGUUGACCAUGUCCCAGCGGCUGGAGGAGAUCGAGGCCGGACUCCGGGAGGACGGAGGCGAAGAGUGACGGUGGUUUAGACGGAUUUACGGCCCCGUCUCCGACCUUCAUCUCACCUUCCUCAUCCUCCUCCAGCAGCAGCAGCACAUCCUGUACCGAGCUCAACCUCACGCCUCACGCCCAGCCGCCUCCUCCCUCCUCUACCGCCGCGGAGACAAAGACGGCUGCAGUGGUGAUCAAUCACGCUGUCAGCUGCUCCCGCCCCCCGACCCCCGCCAGCCACGAGGAGAAUGUUGAUCUGUGAAGGAUUUCAUCAGCUCGCUGCAGACUCAGCACCGCGGCAUCGAUCCCCCCACGCCCCGUUUAAUCAUAUUAAACACACCGUUUGUUGACAUGUAUUGUUGUCGUCAACGUGUUCACUGCAAAAACUCCAAAUCUUAACAAGAAUAUUUGUCCUAUUUCUAGUUAAAAUGUCUCAUUUUUAGUCAAAAACAAAUCUCAUUACACUU